CCGGCUCUGCACACCGCGGCCCCGGUAUGUCCGGGACAUGGGCGGCCCCGCCGCGCCGCUGCGCCGGAGGAGGCUCCGGGGGGGAUCCGGGCCCUGCUCCGGCUCUGCUCCUGCUCCUGCCGCUCCCGGCACAGUGCCUCAAAGGCAGCGCUGCCACUGCCCCAGAAACGCUGCUCUUAUCCACUCUGGAUGGAAAUCUUCACGCAGUGAGUAAGAGCACAGGGGACAUCAAGUGGACCCUGAAGGAUGAUCCUAUUCUGCAGGUGCCAGUUUAUGUGGCAGAACCAGCAUUCCUCCCAGACCCCAAUGAUGGCAGCCUGUAUAUCCUGGGAGGAAAGAACAAAGAAGGAUUGAUGAAGCUGCCAUUCACCAUCCCAGAGCUGGUCCAGUCCUCCCCGUGCCGCAGCUCAGAUGGAGUGCUCUACACUGGAAAGAAGCAGGACACCUGGUUCAUUGUGGACCCCAAGUCAGGGGAGAAGCAGACCACUCUUUCCACAGAGGCCUGGAACGGGCUGUGCCCGAGUCCCCUGCUCUACAUCGGCCGUACCCAGUAUGUCAUCACCAUGUAUGACACCAAGUCACGGGAGCUCCGCUGGAACGCCACCUUCUCCGACUACUCGGCACCACUCUGUGAGGAGUCCUACCCCUACAAGAUGGCACACUUCGCCUCCAGCGGGGACGGGCUGGUGGUGACACUGGACAAGGAGAGCGGGGAGGUCCUGUGGGCACAGAACUAUGGCUCCCCCAUCGUUGGCAUCUAUGUGUGGCACCAGGACAGCCUCCGACGUGUCCCCCACCUCAACCUGGCCAUGGAGACCCUGCGCUACCUGACCUUCCACUCGCAGGACAUCCCUCUCCUCAAGUGGAGCUACCAGUCCGUGAAGGACUUCGCUGCCACCAAGACCCAGCUGCUGCCAGCGCUCUACGUGGGGAAGCAUGCAUCCAGCUUCUACGCCCUGACCUCCCUGGUCCAUGGCAGUGUGGCUCUGGUGCCCCAGGGCAUCACACUGGCCAGGAUUGACGGCCCCACCGAUGAGGUGACUGUGAGAGACUCAGGGGAGUGCGAGAUCACACCCAGCACCGAGGUCAAGUACCCCCAGGGCAGCAUCACCUCACUCCACAACCAGUGGCUCCUGAUAGGACACCACGAGCUGCCUCCCGUGGUCCACACUACGAUGCUGCGAGCCUUCCCCGAGAACCUGAGGAAGACAACAGAAACCAUCAUCCCCAGAGCUCCUCCUGCCAGGACCGUGUUCGAUGAUUUCCUGGCCCCGGGCAGCCCGGAUGAGUUAACUGUCCGCAGCGAGGGGCAGUUCCCCCCGGAUCCUGCCCGGGAGCAGCUGGAGGUGUACCCCGAGGCAGGAGCCUGGGACCUGCUGGUGGCUGGCAUGGGCACUGCGCUGCUGGGAGGGGGGGUCCUCUUCCUCCUGCUGGUGAAACUGCAGCGGCAGCAAGCGGUGCAGCAGCAGCAACUGGAGCAGCAGAUCCAGCUCCUGCAGCAGGAGAUGGUGCUCCCGGGACGGAGCUCCAGGCAGGGGGUCCCUGCAGAGCCCGGGGAGCCGGGGCUGAGCCGGGGCAGUGGGUCACAGCCCCCGCAGAGCUCCAGCUCCCUGGACCUCCUGGAGGAGCUGCCUAACGGGAUGGUCAGCCCAGACCCGGCGGCUGCUGGAGAUGCAGAACCAGAUGUGAUCGUAGUUGGGAAAAUUUCUUUUAACCCCAAGGAUGUGCUGGGCCAUGGAGCUGGAGGAACCUUUGUCUUCAGGGGACAGUUUGAUGGUCGGAACGUGGCCGUGAAGCGCCUGCUGCCCGAGUGUGUGCACCUGGUGGAGCGGGAGGUCCAACUGCUGCGGGAGUCGGAUCAGCACCCACACGUCCUCCGCUACUUCUGCACCGAGAAGGACAAACAGUUCCACUACAUUGCCAUCGAGCUCUGCUCUGCCACGCUGCAGGAGUAUGUGGAGAGCCCCAGGUUUGAUCGUCACAGCCUGGACCCCGUGUCCCUCCUGCGCCAGACCAUGUCAGGACUGGCCCACCUCCACUCCCUCAGCAUUGUCCAUCGGGACCUGAAGCCCUGUAACAUCCUCAUUGUCCCAAAUUGCCACGGGCAGAUCCGAGCUGUCAUCUCUGACUUUGGCCUCUGCAAGAAGCUUCAGGGGGACGACCAGAGCUUCAGCCUCCGCUCCGGCAUCCCCGGAACCGAGGGCUGGAUUGCACCUGAGGUGCUGCAGGAGACCAAGAAGAACCCGACGUGUGCUGUGGACAUCUUCUCAGCAGGAUGUGUCUUCUACUAUGUGGUGUCAGGAGGAGGCAGCAAUCCCUUUGGGGACAGCCUGAGGCGACAGGCCAACAUCUUGUCAGGCUCUUACCAGCUGAGCUGCCUGCAGGAGGAAGCUCACAAUGAUCUUGUUGCACGAGAACUGAUUGCUGCCAUGAUCAGCCCGAGGCCCAGCACCGACCCCUCAGCCUCCAUGGUCCUUGUGCAUCCCUUUUUCUGGAGUCAGGAGAAACAGCUGCAGUUCUUCCAGGACGUCAGUGACCGCAUUGAGAAGGAGUCAGCCGAGGGCGCAAUCAUCUCAGCCCUGGAGGCGGGGGCCCGGGCGGUGGUGAGGACCAACUGGAGGAUACACAUCUCCCUCCCGCUGCAGACAGACCUGAGGAAAUUCCGCACCUACAAGGGGGGCUCGGUGCGGGACCUGCUGCGGGCCAUGAGGAACAAGAAACAUCACUACCACGAGCUGCCGAACGAUGUCCGGGCAGCCCUGGGACCUGUCCCCGACGGCUUCGUGCAGUACUUCACCUCCCGCUUCCCCCGGCUGCUGCUGCACACGCACAGCACCAUGCGGGCCUGUGCCCACGAGCGGAUCUUCCACUCCUACUACUGCCCGGGCCCGGGGGACGAUGGCAGCUGAGGGGACACGGCAGGAUGGCACCCACCACGCCAGGCUGCUCCUCCCCAUCUCCACCCCCAUCUGCCGCCGAUGGGAGCAGCCCCGGGGGCUCUCCGUGUCCUUCCCCCCCACCCCGGGGUGAGGUGGGGUCCCAAGGGGUAGAAGGAGAGGUGGUAAGCAGGCUGGCACCAGCUGUCACCUGAGGGCUCCUGAGCCCCACCGCAGGGUCAGGCUCGGGGGCCUGAGGGCAUUUGUCUCAGAGACCAAAGGAACCUUCGUGGCACACACGGUGCUUGGAGGAGAAGAGGAGGGCAGCUGGGGAGUGAAGCCCGGGCAGAGCCACAGAACCGGGCUGGGCCGGGUCCCGAGGGGUCAGGGAGCUCCAUCCGUGCAUCCUCCCCUGCCACACACCUGGGGAAGUGACUCUUGUGGAGUGUGACAGUGACAGGGAUGAUCCACAGCAACAGCAGCUCUGCACUCAGCACCCCAGCCCAGGCUCAGACCUGUCUCUUUGCAGCAGGGCUGCUGAGGGCCAGGUGCAGCACCAGCACUUAUCCUGAGAAAGAAACGUUUUAAUUCUCAGCUGGGCUGAGAAAAAGGUUUUUCCCCUUUUGGACACCAGCAUCUUGUCAGAGGGCCCAGGACAGUCCUGUGCCUGGGAACCUGAACAGUUUGUCCCUCAGCACAGUCGGGCAGGGGCAGUUCUGGGCACACAGAGGCAGGGAAGCCCUUCUCCCCAGGAUCAGUCCCUUCCUGCAUCUCCCACAGCCUCUCCUGGCUGCUGCCUCACAGGUGUUCUGGUUAGAGGCAUCCCAUGGAUUUCAUAGGAGCCUGCAAGCACGGCCCCUGCCAGGGCAGAGCCCCUCCUGGGCAGUAACUGUAUAGUCUGAUCCCUCUGGGUGCUGGGGUGUGGGGUUUACACAGGUAACACAGGGGUGCUACCUGUUUGGUUUUAGAAUGCUGUAGAACAUUUUGUACAAAAAGUGCUAUAGAAAAACCUGAAAAGCUUGUCCUGAUUAACAAUAAACUGGCCUGAGAGCAC